UUUUUCGUCUAUCUCAUUUUACACCAUCGUUCGCCUGUCCUGUCUGUUUUCACUCUCUACUCAACGCGGGUGGCCGGCUUGUGGCAACGGGUGGUUUCUUGUAGGAGGUGGGUGGCUUCCGAAUUCCGAUGGUCUGUGUGUGAUAGCUUGCGGUGAUUUGUACGUGGUGGUGUGCUGUAGCUUUGCGGUUGGUUGUAAUCGGUAUACGUACUUUUAUAGCCAUUUCAGUGGUUCGCGGUGGCUGCUCAAAGAAGAGAGGGGCGGAGAAAGGUCACAUGGAGGACCAGUAGGUUGUGGUCGUUGACGAAGAACAAAAUAAGACGAGUCGAUCAGCCUUGGUUUUUUGAAUUGGUUGGUUGUUUUUGGCAGAUCGCCCUUUUUGUGGUUGUUCUUGGUGUUUGGAGCGGCGGUGUAUCAGUGUAUUGGCUGUGAGCGUGCAUCGCUAGAGGUUCAGGGUGUGGUGGCCGUGAGGUACUGUUUGGUGCUUUAGCUUGGUGCCGGCAGUGCAGGGGAUUUGUGGGUAUUAUACUUCUUGGCCGUUUGUGGCCGUGAGGGUAGGUGAGGUGGUGUUUGCCUUGAGGCUCGUGGUUUCGUCGGCCGACAAAGAAGAAAAAAAUGGAAGAGGGUGCGAUCAACAUGCUUCUUAGAAGAAGACCAGUGGCAAAUGGGACAAUUAUAUGUCCACGAAUGAGUCAUCCUCAAAGGGCUCCUUCUGGACAAGAUGUCGAUCAACAAGCAUUUGAUUCGGUUCGAUCAUUUCCUACAACAGCAUACUCCCCCUACUUGGCUCAGGGUCAGGGAACAACUAUUUAUCAACAACAAUAUGUAUCAAGCUUGGAAUCUAAUAGUUUGACAUAUCAGAGACAAGUAGCUGACCCCGGAGAUACUGGUCUUCAGGCUCUAUGGAUACUCUUCCUUAAACUUCAGCCCUCUUUAUGCUCUCUUCUAGGGAAUUUGGCUGACUGGGACGCAGCUAGAUUAUUACAUGGGCCACAAGAAGAAUUGGUGCAGACAGAUGUAGUAGAGGAGCCUUCUGCAAAUGAAACUCAAAUUCAGCGUCAGAAUAUUGAGAGGGCAAGAAGAUUUCGAUACCUUGCCUUGUGUGUUCCCCUCUAUCAAGCUGCACUAAAAGGUGAUUGGCAGGCUGCUAAGUCUUUACUUCAGAAAUAUCCAGAAGUCGUUCGGGAUCCCAUAACGGAAGGGCAUAUGACAGCUCUUCACAUUGCUGCGGCAGCAAAACGCACAAGUUUUGUAAAAGAACUGGUGAAAUGUAUGUCUGAGGAUGACUUAGUAUUGCAAAACAAAGAUGGAAACACAGCACUUUGCUUUGCUGCUGCAUCAGGAAUUGUGGCAAUUGCUGAGGAGAUGGUGAACAAGAACAAUAGACUGCCAUGCAUACGUGAUAGCCAAGGACUCACACCACUUCUAAUUGCAGCUUCACUUGGACGCAGAAACAUGGUGUCAUAUCUAUUAUCUGUGACUCCUUUUGAACAGUUGACUCCAAUUGAACGCAUUCAGCUCCUUCUUGCUACUAUUUCCACUGAUAUGUAUGAUUUAGCGUUGAAAAUUCUGGAAAAGGAUCGAACAUUAUCAACUGCCCAGGAUGGAAAUCGGAAGACAGCAUUGCAUGAGUUGGCCAAAAAACCUUUUGCAAUUGGCAGUAAGAGGGAGCUAUCGAUAUGGGAAACAUGCUUAAACUCCUGGUUCAAGGGGAUUUACAACAAAGCUUUGAUGCAGACAUUCGCCCAUCAAUUAGUUGAAGACCUUUGGAAAGAGGUUCGGAUAUUGACAGAUAGAGACUUCUCAAACCUGGUUGGCAAUCAUUCUUCUUUCCUUUUUGAUGCUGCAGAAUUAGGGAAUGCUGAAUUUCUAAUUAUACUUGUACGCUCUUACCCUGACCUUAUGUGGAAGGUAGACAAAAAAAAUCGAAGUUUAUUUCACAUUGCUAUUUUAAAUCGGCAAGAGAGCGUAUACAAUCUAAUAUAUGAGAUAGGGGCCAUCAAGGAUAUCAUUGCAGCCUAUGUUGAUGAAAACAAUGACAAUAUGCUGCACUUAGCUGGAAAAUUACCUCCUCCAGAUCGACUAAAUAUUGUAUCAGGAGCAGCCCUUCAAAUGCAACGAGAGUUGUUGUGGUUUAAGGAGAUAGAAAAGAUUGUGCCGCCUCCAUACGUGAAGAUGAGAAAUUCGAAAGGCGAAACACCUUGGGAUAUAUUCACAAAGCAACAUAAAAAUUUACGAAAAGAUGGUGAAAAGUGGAUGAAGGACACAGCGAACUAUUGCAUGCUUGUGGCGACACUGAUUGCCACAGUGGUUUUUGCUGCAGCCUUCACUGUACCGGGUGGCAACAAUCAAGAAAAAGGCACUCCUAUUUUUUUCAAAAAAAACUGGUUUAUGGUAUUUUUCAUUUCAGAUGCAAUAGCAUUGUUAUCCUCUUCGACUUCGAUAUUAACGUUCUUGUCAAUUCUCACGUCACGUUACACGGAAAAAGAUUUCCUAGAGUCAUUACCUGGAAGGUUGGUGUUUGGACUCACCACACUCUUCACUUCUAUAGCAGGCAUGGUGGUAGCCUUUAGUGCAACCUGUUUUUUGGUAUAUGAUGGCAGCAUGUCAAGGGCUCCAAUUGUUAUACUUGCUUCGACUGGUGUCCCAGUUAUUCUGUUUGUUCUGCUACAUUAUCAACUUUGGGCUGAUAUAAUACGUUCAACAUAUUGGUCUAGGUUUCUUUUUCGGCCACCUAAACAUAGCCUUUUCUAGUUAGUGGAAGAUCGAUGCCAAAUGAUCAAAGAUGAUUAGCAGAAAUCUGGAUGUGCAAGUCAGACAAAAUGGGCAGAAAAUUAUCAGAGGUAAUCAAGGCAUUUUGAACAAGGAAGGCCAAGGAAAGAAUGAAGCACAUCCAAAUUUUAAUUGAUGCUCUUGUGAACUAUUUCCAUUGAGACAUCAAUUUGACCUUCAUUAAUUAGAAUUAUUGUCAUUUAUGUGAGAUAUUGUAUGCAUGUAUAUAUGUAAUAUACACCUAUAAAAGACCACAUCUUCCUCCCCUGCCUCAUUUCCUUCCUCCUCUGUCACCACUUCACUGCCCUCUCCAAGUGGUAGUCCAGAUUUCUUCGAUUUUUCGCACUUUCACUUGUAAAUUUAUACCUCAAUCACUUUGCAGGUUGAAGAAAUCGUUAUAUGGUUAGACAUGGUUACUCUAAAAGUAAUUAUGAUAGUUGUGUA